AUGAACUUCACCGCCGAUGACAGCGCCUGGUUCGGAUCGCUCGUCAAAUUUGGUUCCAUUUUCGGUGGGCUACUUGGAGGGCCACUCGUGAACCUCGUCGGUCGUCGAACAACUCUCUUCGUCUCCUGUGGCUGGUUCCUGGCUGGCUGGUUGUGCAUCAUCUUCGCCAAGUCCAUACCUGUGCUGUUCAUCGGGCGUUCGGUGACAGGCGUUGCUGUCGGUAUCGUGGCACCCGCGGUGCCUGUAUUCAUAUCCGAGAUCUGCCCGUCACACAUCCGUGGCCUACUCAAUACUGGAAGCAAUGUUUUUCUCUUCUGUGGCAUGCUGGCCACGUACGUCCUCGGCAAGUGGCUCACUUACCAGAUUCUCGCCGUCGUUCUCAUGGCACCGACAAUACUGAUGGUCAUCCUUCUGUUCUACACCAAGGAGUCUCCACGCUGGCUACUGCAGAAGGGUCGACGCGAGGCAGCGCUGGAGUCAUUACUAUUCUACCAGGGACCGGAGGGCAAGAAGGAGCUUGCGGCUAUUGAAGAAAGCUUUUGCGGAACCGAAAGCUUUCACUUACGGGAUCUGGCUCUCCCGUACAUCUACGGGCCAUUCUUAUGCUUGCUGUUAGUCAUGUUCGUGCAGCAGUCAUCGAUGGUGACUGUCAUAGUCGUUUACACCCAUGACAUCUUCCGUGAAGCGGGCACGUCGAUGGCGCCAGAAGACUGCAGCAUAGUCAUCGGAGUCGUGCAAGUGGCCGUGGUAGCGAUGGCCACAUUCCUCACGGAUCGCGUCGGUCGUAAAAUUCUUCUUAUAGUCUCUACUUUCGGGACGAGCAUGAGCUUGUUCCUGUUCGGGUACUCGUUCUACCUGAAGCAGCACAGCCCAGACGCAUUCGCCACCUCAUAUACUUGGCUUCCGAUCGUGUCCAUGGGCCUCUUGUUCGUUGCAUUCAACAUCGGUAUGUCCCACCUUCCCUGGGUGCUUCUCGGCGAGAUGCUGCCGCUGCGUGUUCGAGGAUUUGCCACGGGAUUCUGCACGUCGUUCGGCUUCGGCUACUCAUUCCUCCUCAUCAAGGAGUUUUUCAGAAUGCAGCUUCUGAUGGGAGCUGCAGCUACCUAUUGGCUGUUCGGUGCUUUGCUACUAGUGGGUUGCAUCUUGUUCUGGAGUUUUAUUCCAGAAACAAAACAAAAGACGUUAGAAGAAAUUGAGAGGCUCUUCGGAAAACGAGUGGGAGACUUCACUAGUGAUGCGGCGACAAGCUAAAGUAAUAGUGUGAACUAGUCCUGACUCUUUUUUUUCACCUUUUAGUGGCAUCUUAGCGCACAUUUACACCCGUGAUGGCUCCAAACCCGGACGUUGGACGCCCUCAAUGUAUCUACAGAGCUAUUUGUAACAAUACGCACAGUAUUAUUUAACGACUUUAUAAUAUGAAGUUUGGAAAGGCAAGGGCCGGCAGUACCUCAAGUGUGAGAAGUUGUUUCAUAGAAAUACGCAAAUCAUAAGAAACAAUUAAAAAGUAUCUUGGGUACCAUAUCAGCUGUGGUAUGCGAACGAAAAGGCAGUAAAUUGGUAUAGAUCAAUCAUACGCCUACUAGUUGUAACAUAUCAUAAAGUUCCGGGGAUAUUGUAAUGUUACGUAUACAAUUACGUUCGCCAUACCAAAUCGUUAAAGAGAGGUCGACAGUUUAUUUCUUAUGCAUUUCACGAAAACAUUUUGUCUUUGUUCUCUUCUCCUGAACUGCACUUAGAUCUCACUCCAUAUAUGCUUUUUUCGUGUGUAUUAUCUCAUCAAAUAACCUCAAUGACUUCUUUUCUUCAAAUUGUAUGUCUGGCUGUGACAUCCUCAUCGAUAAACCAUGCCAAUGAGUGAUAAAUAUAUUUGAUGUACGUGUCAGGACACGACUGCGUGGUAAUUCUGCAUUCUGCAAAACUACUCAGGAACCACAUUGCUGCCUGUAGUUAGAACGAGACUGUAUUUGAACUCCUAGCUGAAAAUAAUCUUUUCGGUGCCAGACCCAAAUAUCCUGUGUUUACUUAAUUAGCGUCCUUCGUUAUUUCACGUUGUAUUUACACACUUCCGUGUGCCAAUAAAAUCCCCC